UUUGCUCUGGUUUUUGCUUCUCCGCUGCUAGGCUCCAGACUACAUUACCUUUAUCCCUGAGGAGACACAAAUGUGUUAAUUUGAGGAGAAGGGAGACCUGAUUUGCUACCAACAUGAUUGGCGAGCCCAAUGGAGCAGAAAGUAUCUGAAUCCAAGGAAAUCUCUUCCCGAAGAAUGGAAUUUACUAUAUCUGCUGUGUGUGCAAACAUGGAUACCGGGACUGAUACAAAUCACCACAAAGGAGAUACCGCAACUGAUUCAAAUAGCGAGAUGAAAAAUGCCAAGAAAAAGACAUCUGCAGUAUGUUGCUCCAAGUUGAAGAUAUUUCUGGUGGCCUUAGCAUUUGCCUAUCUGACUAAAACCAUGUCUGGAGCAUAUGUGAACAGCAUGCUCACACAGAUUGAGCGGCGAUUCAACAUCCCUGCCUCAUUGGUUGGAGUUAUCAAUGGAAGCUUUGAAAUAGGUGACCUACUGGUGAUGGUCUUUGUGAGUUAUUUGGGAUCCAAAGUUAACCGACCACGCGUGAUUGCUCUUGGCUGUGUGCUUAUGGGUUUGGGAUGCUUUCUGAUAGGUUUGCCUCAUUUUCUGAUGGGAAGGUAUGAAUAUGAAAACACUCUUUCUGUGUCUGAAAAUUCUUCAACCAUGGCUGUUUGCCUCACAAAUCAAAGCCAGCUUUCCCUUCCUACUGAGCAACCCAUAGAAGAAUGUGAGAGACAGACUAGAUCUUCGAUGUGGGUGUUUGUCUUGGUGGGAAAUAUUAUCCGUGGAAUUGGUGAAACUCCCAUUGCUCCUUUAGGCAUUUCAUAUGUGGAAGAUUUUGCAAAACCAGAAAAUUCACCUUUCUAUAUUGGCUGCCUACAAAUAUCAACAGUGUUGGGCCCAUUGUUGGGCUUAUUGAUUGGUUCCUAUUGUGCCCAGUUGUAUGUGGAUGUUGGAUUCAUAAAUCCAGAUGAAGUAACCUUAAGCCUCACUGAUGCUCGUUGGGUUGGAGCCUGGUGGCUAGGAGUCCUGAUCUGUGCUGCUGUGAACUUUCUUGUUGCUGUCCCCUUUUGUUUUAUGUCCAAGAGUCUUCCAAAGGAAGGAGAGGAAAACAGCAUUGAUUUAGCAGGCAAGGGCAACAAGGCAUUUCUACCUAAGGAAAAUGAAGGCGAGGCCAAAAUGACCUUACGUGAAAUCUCUAAAGAUUUCAUCCCUUACCUCAAAAGCCUCCUUACCAAUCGAGUUUACAUGCUUUUUGUAUGUGUUACUAUAAUUCAAUUCAAUGCCUGGAUCGGGAUGAUCACCUUUAUGCCAAAAUAUCUGGAGCAGCAAUAUGGAAUAUCUGCAUCCGAUGCCAUUUUUUUAAUAGGAGUUUACAAUUUGCCAAUUAUAUGUGCAGGAUAUUUUUUUGGUGGCCUUAUGAUGAAGAAAUUCAAGAUAAACACUUAUACAGCUGCACAUAUUGGGUUUUGGACAUCAUUGCUAGAGUAUCUACUAUACUUCAUUUCUUUCCUCUUGAUCUGCAAAAAUGCUUCGGUUGCUGGUUUAACCAUCUCCUACGAAGGGAUAGAUCAACUCUCAUAUGUGGAAACAAAUCUGUAUGCCGACUGUAACCGAGACUGUGACUGUUCAACUAAGCAGUGGGAUCCUGUUUGUGGAGAGAAUGGAAUAGCAUAUGUUUCAGCCUGUCUUGCUGGAUGCAAAGUAUCAAAUGGAACUGGGAAAUAUGAGGUCCUUACAAACUGCUCCUGCAUUUCAACCCCAGGAUUUCAGUAUGGAAAUGGCUCAGCAGUGCCAGGCCAAUGUGACAGAGGAGAGAACUGCAGCAAAAUGCUGCUGUACUAUUUAAUUUUAUCUUUGGUCUGCUGCUUGAUUUAUUCCUUUGGAGCCAUGCCAGGCUACAUGGUCUUAUUAAGGUCUCUAAAGCCGGAAGAGAAGUCAUUUGGUGUAGGCCUCCAUUCCCUGUCAGAAAGAACUUUUGCUGGAAUCCCAUCACCUAUUUAUUUUGGAGCCAUGAUUGACAGCACAUGUUUGAAAUGGGGAACAAAGAAGUGUGGUGGUGAAGGAGCAUGUCGGAUGUAUGAUACUGACAGAUACAGGUGGCUCUACCUGGGUGUUCCAGGAAUUCUCCGUGGAGUUUCAUACAUCCCUUGUAUAUUUAUACUCCUUAUUUUACGUAAACAACACUGGAACCAAUCAAAUGAAAACAAAGAGAGAGAAGCAAGAGAGGAGAAUGGAGCAGCAGAACUGAAAGACGUGGCUGAAGUUCCAAAUUGUACACAUUUGCAGCCUGAGACAGUAGAGACAGUAGAUCAUGAAAGCGUGAACUUGUAAACAAAUGGAUAAACAAACCCCCAAAACAGAAAAGUUCUACAGAAAGGGAGGAGGUGUGGGUAAUUAUAACUCAUGUGUGCAUGUGUAUAUGCAUGUGUCAGUAUUGGCAGUAUUUCCAGAAUGCAAGCAUUUUGCACAGCCGGCAGUGGCAGAGAAUUAAUGGUGACCUUCUCCAUUGUGAAGCUUGUAAGUAGAAUGUAAUUUUUUUGGAAAUGCUGAAGGCAUGGAAGAAAACUAUUUUCUGAUUUUAAGGCGGGGGUGGAGGAGGAUAUCAACAUUUUAGGACAAAUCGGGGGAAAAUGAGCACCCUUUACAGAUUAAAAGUUACUUUGCCAGUUUAGGAACAUCAAAUGUUUUCUAUAUUUUUGGUUAGGUAUACAAUUAUCAUGUUUGAUACAUUAAAAAUAAAAUUCAUCCAGAAAAUAGUUACAUAUUCAAAUUACUAUUUCCCUAUUUUUCCCUCUUAUAAAUGGAGGUAUAAGAUCUUGAACUAUAAGGAACACAUGAAUUGUAAGGAACAUCCUCAGUUUUGCCAGUUUUAAGCAAAACAUAUUGUCUUAAAAACCUGCAUAUAUAAGAUUAGCAGUUGGAUAUGCGUCUAGGUACAGAUAGGAUCCACACCUGUUUUAAGCAGAAAGUAAUUGGAUCUUAUCCCUCAAGUAAGGCUUCGGGACCAACUAGUACAGUAGAGUCUCACUUAUCCAACGUUCUGGAUUAUCCAACACAUUUUUGUAGUCAAUGUUUUCAAUAUAUCAUGAUAUUUUGGUGCUAAAUUCGUAAAUACAGUAAUUACUACAUAGCAUUAAUGUGUAAUGAACUACUUUUUCUGUCAAAUUUGUUGUAUAACAUGAUGUUUUGGUGCUUAAUUUGUAAAAUCAUAACCUAUUUUGAUGUUUAAUAGGCUUGUUCUUAUUCUCUCCUUAUUAUCCAACAUAUUCGCUUAUCCAACGUUCUGCCAGCCCGUUUAUGUUGGAUAAGUGAGAUUCUACUGUAUACUUGCUGUGGUUUGGUUCUGGGACUCCGCAUGGAUACUAAAACCCAUGGAUGUUCAAAUCCCAUUAUAUAUAUAUAAUUUUGUAGUAAAAUGGCAUCCCUUAUAUAAAAUGAAAAAAUUAAACUUUGCUUUUUGAAAUGGUUUAAGAUAUAUUUUCAAGCCUUGGAUCGUUGAAUCCAUGAACACAGGGGUUGAACAUAUAGUGUAAAGAAUAUAAGCUUGAAAGCAGGAAAAACCCUGAAGUGUUCCAUGAUGUCCCAGUUUCUAAAUCAGAGAUAGUCAUCAAAUGGCCCGCCAACAACAAAUCCAAAUGUUUCUGACCUGGAACUCCCAUCUUCCCUUACCAUUAGUUUGUAUUAAAAUCUGGGAUCCAAUAAAAUGAUUUUGGAUAA